UUUCACUGAGGUUCAUAUUGACUGCUCGCACGAUGUUUUGCCGAUACUUGCUAAUGUAUCGUUUCAGUGAGACGUCACGACAUUAAGUCAACAGUAUAAAAUGUGAUUUAGAUUUUUUUUUUUUUUUUUCGUUCAAGGUAAGGUUGCACUGAAUCUGUUCACAAACAUGACGUGGAAUAAAAUGAAAACAAAACUAGAUUCUACUAGUCAACAAAAAAAAAAAAAAAAAAACUGAACUAGUUGGACAAGCAGAAAUGAGUGAUCCUCUCCUUAACCCACUGACCGUCAUAUGUGCGGGAUCCUGCUUUGCCUUCUCUGGAUUGUUUUAUAAACUGUAUUGCGAAAAAAGACAAGAAAUACAGAAGCUGAAGGAGAUACCCAACUUUCAAGCAGACCAUCACCUGCUCAGGAUUCUGAAUGCAUCAUCCAACAAGAGACUUAAUUAUGUUGCUGUAGAAGGAUUGGUGCAGGCCAUUGGAGAGCCCAUUUCCAGCCAGUACGUUCCACGGUGUUAUGGUGUCAUCCAAAAGAUUACCGUGAACGAGCACUGGAAAUACUGGAACUCUGUUCUGAAGUCAUGGGUCUCCAAAAAAGUGAACAAGAAGCAGACCACCAACACAGUGCCCUUCAGCUUGAUCCAGCCUGGAUCAUACAUCAGUGAGGUUUCUGUCCGUGUGGACUCGCCUCUGGAGGCGUCCGGUGAUUACCUCGAGCAGGUGCACAAGCGCCUCAGGCAUGCUAAAGAGGGGCUUGUAGAUGUUGUUUUGCAAGAAUUGAGUGGGGAGAAGCCUGUGGCCCAAGAAGAGCGAGAGGAGCUGCUGCGUGUGGGGGUGUCCCUCACAGGAUUUGGGGAGCUUGUGCUGGAGCAGGAUAAGAUCAUGAGAUUACAACCACCCAAAGAUGGCCGCAGCUAUGUCCUGAUCCCCAGUGAUUAUAAGAGCUUCAUGCAGCGACAUGAGAACAGCGCUAGCAUGUGGAAAGGGCUGACGGCUCUGUUUGGAAUAACAGGGUCUACACUCUUAGCGGCUUUUAUCCAUAGUAGUCUUAAGGAUAAAAAAACUAAUUGACUGUAUUAUGAAACAAAAUCAUGCACAGAAUUAUGAAACAAAAUAAUGCUACUGUCUUUGAUUUUAUUGUAGAGUUUUGCUAGUGAAAAUAUUUUUCAAGCCUAGUACACACCAAGUGAUCCAAACUAUCCUUAUAUCAGUGAUUCUCUUUUUUUUUUUAAUGAAUCUAAUAUUUCAGAUAUCUUCUGUUUGACUAUGUCACCAAUAUUAAAAGCCAUUCACAACUCGG